AGCCUACUAUGCGUUUGAGUGCAUGAGUGUGUGAGAGAGAUCGAGCCUUGUUUACAGCGUCAAAUCAACGGAGAGAGACUACAUGAUCUACUCCACAUCCUUCACAUCUCUUAAAUGAACACCGACCCGAUCCUUCAGAAAUCAUAUGUGCCCUCCAUACUCCGUUUCUUGACGAGAAACAUCAAGCUUUGAAAUCUCAGACUGAAGAUGGUGGGAGGCUGAGAGAGACCAUUUUAAAGCCUGGACGAAUAUUAUUUGGCAUCUUUCUGAGUUUCUUCACCGAUUUUAGGCCUUUAAAAACGCUGGAUGAGAAGUACAGAGCAUCUUGCAGCUGAUGAAGAUCACACACAGUUACACACACUCGUCCAGACUGUUUUAGCCAGCGGACCUGAGCGGGUUUCACUCAACUCCAGCGAAAACCAGCCUGCGAGGAGACCUGCAACGUGUUUUCCCCAUUUUCCCCACGCCAUGGAGCAUGGAAAUGCGGAUUAUCAAGCCGUCACGUGUUUUUCUUGGUUAUUUUCACAUAAAUCGACAAGGAAAAGCUGUAAAAAAUAAUAUUUAAAACGUUUAAGGAGCCCGAGAAUCAGUGCGGUUGAAUCCGCCUCAUGGUGUGGGCAUAACGGGCUGAGUGCUGGAGAAUCUCGCCGGGGUGUCUGGAGGGUCAUUUAACCCAGCAAAACACCAUUAAGAUGGAAGAACUUGGUUUUGUUUGAAUUUUUCCAGCUCAUGUUUAUCUAUAUUUUUGUUUUCACCCCCUCCAUAAGGAGGCACUAAGCUGGAUAAACCAACUUUGAUCAUAUUUUUGUACUGAGAAGACUUCAAGAGUCAAGCAUCAUCUACUUUGAAGGGUUGCUGCCUCCCCUAUUUUGUAAUACAUAUAUUUUUUAAACAAGUAUUUGCCUUGUUUUUGUACAGGAAUGAGGUCUAGCAGACAGAGGCGAUAUUGGACCAUGUUUUGUGGUCUGGUGCUGGUCCUCUCCACACUCUGUCAUGGAGAAAUCUGUGGUCCAGGCAUUGACAUUGGCAAUGAUAUCAGUAAUUUCAAGCGGCUGGAGAACUGUACAGUGGUUGAGGGAUACCUGCAGAUCCUCCUCAUCGGAGGCAAGAACAAUAACAACCAGGAGUUCUUCCGCACCCUGAGUUUCCCCAAACUGACCAUGAUUACGGAUUACCUUCUCCUCUUCCGUGUGUCCGGGCUGGAAAGCCUCAGCACCCUCUUUCCUAAUCUUGCUGUGAUCCGGGGCCGCAACUUGUUCUACAACUACGCCCUGGUCAUAUUUGAGCUGACCAGCCUGAAGGACAUCGGCCUUUACAACCUGCGGAACAUCACGCGGGGUGCGAUACGAAUCGAGAAGAAUCCCGAGCUCUGCUACCUGGAUUCUGUAGACUGGUCUCUCAUUAUGAAUGCUGAAUUGAACAAUUACAUUGAUGGAAAUAAACAGUCCAAGGAGUGUGGAAAUGUUUGCCCGGGAAUCAUGGAGGACAACCUACAAUGCAGGACCAACUUUAACAGGAUAGACAAUUACAGAUGCUGGACCUCCAACCAUUGCCAGAAAGUUUGCCCGGAGAUGUGUGGAGAGCGGGCGUGCACUGAUUCGGGCGAGUGCUGCCACCCCCAGUGUCUGGGCAGCUGCACCGUGCCCGACAACGACACGGCCUGUGCCGCCUGCCAGCACUACUACUACGAGGGCAGCUGCGUGGAGGAUUGUCCGCAGAACACGUACAAGUUUGAGGGCUGGCGUUGCAUCACCUUGGACUUCUGCUCCAAGGUCCACCUGCCUGAUUAUGACCGUUUCGUGAUCCACGGAGGAGAGUGUAUGUCUGACUGCCCACCUGGCUUCACGCGGGAUGAGAACCGGAGCAUGUCUGGCAGCAUGACCUGCACUGCCUGUAACGGCCCAUGUGACAAGAUCUGUGAUGAAAAGGUCAUUGACUCAGUGGAUGCGGCUCAGUCGCUCAAGGGCUGCACCGUUAUCAAAGGAAACCUGCAUAUCAAGAUCCGCCGUGGCACCAACAUCGCCUCGGAGUUGGAGAACUUCCUGGGACUCAUCAAGACGGUGACGGGAUACAUUAGGAUACGUUCAUCACACACCCUGAGCUCGCUCUCCUUCCUCAAGAGCCUGAGAUACAUCAAUGGAGAGGAACUCUGGGAUGACGCGUAUGCCUUUGCUGCUUUGGAUAACCCACAUCUCCAAAUGCUGUGGGACUGGUCCCAGCACAAUCUCACAAUAAAUGCUGGAAAGCUGUACUUCCGCCAGAACCCCAAACUCUGCAUGUCCGAGAUCCGCAAAAUGUGGGCGAAAACAGGAAUCAAGGAGAAGUUUUUGGAAGGAGAUUUCCGCAACAAUGGAGACCGUGCAAGCUGUGGGAGUAAAAUUCUCAAGUUCUUAUCGAAUAGCACGAGGAGUAAUAGAAUCGAGUUGACAUGGGAACUUUUUCGACCAGCAGAUUCCAGAGACCUCAUCAGUUUUAUUGUAUACUACAAAGAAACGCCUUUCCAGAACAUUACAGAGUUUGAUGGUCAGGACGGUUGCGGAUCAGACAGCUGGAACAUGGUUGACGUGGACUUACCACAGGACCGAACCCAAAAUCCUGGUGUUACCCUGUCCAUGCUGAAGCCUUGGACUCAGUAUGCCAUCUUUGUUAAAGCUGUAACGCUAGUUGUGGAGGACAGGGACAAGGACAGGCAGCAUCUUGGGGCGAAGACUGAAGUGGUGUAUAUUUGGACUAAACCAUCAGCACCCUCAAUGCCUGUAGACAUUCGUGCGUACUCUAACUCUUCAUCAAAGCUGGUGGUGCGGUGGUCUCCACCUGUGACCCCUAAUGGAAACAACACCUACUACCUGCUCCGCUGGAAGCAGCAGGGCGAGGACCAUGAGCUCUACCAGCACAACUACUGCUCCAAAGAACUGAAGAUCCCCGUCAGGAUUUCAGCCACGGGUUUGACAGAAACCGAAGACACCAAACCCACCAAUCCUGAAACAGGGGGGAGGGACAAAGCCCCCUGUUGUCCCUGCCCUAAAACAGAGAAGGAUCUGAAGCAAAUCGAGGAUGAUAUCUACUACCGCAAAGCCUUUGAGAAUUUCCUUCAUAAUGCCAUAUUCACGCCCAGACCUCCCGACAGGCGAAAGCGAGAUCUGUUUGGCGUGGCCAAUGCAACUUCCCUCCACUCUCUUCUGUCGGGAAACUGGAACCUGACUGAAGGAAACUUCUCAGAUGAUGAGCCGCCUAGACGGGCAUUUUCUUUUCUGGAGAGGAAGGUGAAGGAGCGAACUGCUGACAUCAGUGGGCUGCAGCCCUUUACCGUUUACCGCAUCGACGUGCACGCCUGCAACGAAGAGGUUCGACACUGCAGCGCGGCCGCCUUUGUCUUUUCCCGCACCAAACCGGCAGAAAGAGCCGAUGACAUUCCUGGCUCAGUGACCUGGGAAGCUCUGGAGGAUUCGGUGUUCCUGAAGUGGCCUGAACCGCAUAAACCCAACGGCCUGAUCCUGCUGUAUGAGAUUCAGUAUCGUCUUGGGACAGAGCCUGAGAAGCAUGAGUGUGUAUCCCGUCAACACUACAGGGAGCACAAAGGGGUAAAACUCUCCAAUUUGGGAGCUGGGAACUAUUCUGCCCGUGUGCGGGCAACGUCUCUCGCCGGAAACGGGUCCUGGACUCAACCCAUAGCUUUCUAUGUGAUUCAGGUUGAACAAACACAUUAUGAACACUUCCUGUACUUCAUGAUUAUCCCGGUCAUCCUGAUUUUCGCCGCCUUCGCUGCAGUGGCUUUCAUCUUGGUGAACAAGAAACGAAACAAUGACAGGCUUGGAAAUGGAGUCCUUUACGCAUCGGUUAACCCAGAGUAUUUCAGCGCAGCAGAGAUGUAUGUGCCGGAUGAAUGGGAAGUGGAGCGAGAGAAAAUCACCAUGUGCCGAGAGCUUGGGCAAGGAUCUUUUGGUAUGGUGUAUGAGGGCAUCGCGAAAGGUGUUGUCAAAGAUGAGCCGGAAAUCAGGGUGGCCAUCAAAACCGUCAACGAAUCGGCUAGCUUGCAUGAGCGCAUUGAGUUCCUUAAUGAAGCCUCAGUGAUGAAGGAGUUCAAUUGUCACCAUGUGGUGCGUCUACUGGGUGUGGUCUCGCAGGGUCAGCCCACUUUGGUGAUCAUGGAGUUGAUGACACGAGGGGAUCUGAAGAGUUACCUACGCUCACUUCGAUCCGCUGAGAACACCUCCAGUUUGCCUUUGCCGCCAUUGAAGAAGAUGAUUCAGAUGGCAGGAGAGAUAGCGGAUGGCAUGGCGUACCUCAACGCCAACAAGUUUGUUCACAGAGACUUGGCAGCAAGGAAUUGCAUGGUGGCUGAGGAUUUUGCUGUCAAAAUUGGUGACUUUGGCAUGACGCGGGACAUUUAUGAGACGGAUUACUACAGAAAAGGAGGCAAGGGACUACUGCCUGUGCGCUGGAUGUCCCCCGAGUCCCUCAAAGAUGGAGUAUUUACCACAAUGUCUGAUGUCUGGUCCUUUGGGGUGGUGUUGUGGGAAAUAGCCACCCUGGCCGAGCAGCCCUAUCAGGGCAUGUCCAAUGAGCAGGUACUGCGGUUUGUCAUGGAGGGAGGACUACUAGACAAACCAGACAACUGUCCUGAUAUGCUGUUCGAGCUGAUGCGCAUGUGCUGGCAGUUCAACCCCAAAAUGCGUCCGUCCUUCCUGGAGAUCAUCAGCAGCAUCAAGGACGACCUGGACGAGGGCUUCAAGGAGACGAGCUUCUUUUACAGCGAGGAGAACAAACCUCCCGACACGGAAGAGCUGGACAUGGAGAACGUGGGAACCAUGGAGAACGUUCCUCUGGAGCCGUCCUCCAGCCUGCAGCCCCUCGCCCCCUCUUUGGCCUCCCCUCAACAGUGCUCCCCUGCACCCCAGUGCUCCGGCACUCCGGCCGGCCCGUCGUCACCGCCUUCCUCCCCCAGCUCCCCGGACAAGCACCCGCUCCCCGCGUCUGCGGCGGCAAACGGGCCCUCCAUGGUUCUCCGGAGCCCGUUUGACGAGUCCCAGCCUUACGCUCACAUGAACGGGGGGCGUAAGAACGAGCGUGCCUUGCCUCUGCCCCAGUCGUCGGCUUGCUGAUCAGCGGUUUCCGAAAACACGGACGUGUCUCUGUCUGUCAAGCCACUGUGUGGUCUCCUGAGAAGAAAUAUUAAAAUAAAGAGACAAGGAACGAAAAAAAAAAAACAAAUGGUAUAAACUGAGAGUCCAGGCAAUCAAUUUCUUUCAAUCAUACCUCAACGGACAAAGUUUGAGUUUUCUUUGUUUUUUGUGUAUUUCGAUUGAAUUGAUUGACAUGAACUCAUUUGUUAUUUCCGCAGACUGGAUCACUGACUGACCUUCACUCUCGCACUCGAUAGGCUGACUGUUUUUGUUACGUUUCGUUACUUUUCUAAACUUCCAAAACUGGUUCGGAAGGUCUAUCAGAGCCAGCAGUGGUACGGUGGCAUUAUUGCGAAACGCUCUGCAUAUCUCCAAGCGAACCCUACACGGAAGCGCUUGUCUUUGUUUCCAAAGACGUGCGUCUAGAUUAGAGAAAGGAGUACCUCUUCCGCCCAUCUUAGAAGUAAGACCCAACUCCAAUCAGGCUUCCCGCUCUCUUCGAAUCGUCAACAUAGUGGAGAAAUUCGCCAAUCUGCCAAAUCUCUUUUUUUAUGUUGCCAAAUUGUAUACUGUUCCCCCAAAAUAUGCAAAAAUGUCCGCGUACGUUAUUUACACUGGUGAUCCAAAGCAUCUUUUACUUUAAAACACAAUCAAUAGCGUGACCUUUCCCUGAUUCUCACUUCUUCUCUGUCUUCUCGCUUUGGGUUUUGAAGAACGAAAGUGGAUGAAGAACAAAUGCAGCAGAGAUCACAUGGCAAAGAAACUUAAAAAAGGGAAUUGGGUCAAAAGAUUUCUAACUGUGGCAUUUGAAAAAUCUUCUCUCGUUUGGUCGUUCAGUCGAACUUCGGACCACAGAGCGUGCGCGUCGUUUGUCGGUCACUUUUGUACCUUUUUUACAGUCCAGAUUGAUCAUUUAUAUGUCUGUGCUGAAAAAAGCUGCUAUUUUAUUCUCGUUUUUUUUCUUUUCGUGGUUGUAAAAUUGUAAAGAGAUUCUUCAGGUGUGAUCCUUUGCCUUUCCACUACAGUCCAAGUUAUGAUGCUUAUAGUUGUGCAAAAACAAAAGGUUCAAUCUAACAGUUGGGUUUUCCAAUGUCAAGUUGUUUAAUGCCUUCUUUUUUUGUUAGUAGCGAAACCGGCAAUAGAACACACUCGUUUCUUCGUGCCAUUAAUGGCGGCACCUCGUUCGACGCGAUUCACUGUGUCUCUCAUCACAUUAAUGCGCAACAAAUACUCUCAGGUCAAACUCCUCAAUGUUUCGGUCUCAGAAUCCAAUGUUUUGUUCUCUCAUUCAUUCAUUCAUUCAUUCCUCUGUAACCGACAAGAUAUGACUAAAAAUGUGGCAAAGUUUGAAUUGGUUUCAUCACUCGCCUUGAAGAUAGACUCGUCUCAUACUUUGGAUUGAUUGUUCAGCCUUAUUUGUGACUGAUCCUGCCGCCCUUUGUAAAUGUUAUAAACUCUGCGUUUCCUUUCUUCCGAGCAGAGCCUGAUAAACAACGAUUAUACAGAUAUGAUUCAGCAUAUCUCUAUGCAGAAGUUGUGUUUGUAACAUAGUUCACUUAUAUACAUUUAAGAUACAGGUUUGACUAUGAGCGCCAGUUUUAUGGGAUUUUUUUUUUUUUUUUUUUUUUGGAAGGAUUUUUCAAAGGAAAAACUGUCAUCUUUUAUGUUUUCCCCCCUAAUCCUGACCUUUUUAUUUUCAUUAUUUAUUUUGUUUCUUCUUUUUUUCCCCCCUCUCUCUUGGUUUUGUGAUAUGUUUAAUAAUCACUGUAACCCCCCUUGAUUAAGUGCAACAUUUUAGAUAUUUUUAUAUGCUUUUUUUCAUGACAUUGGGAAUUUUUUUUUUUUCUUCAGACAUUUAUCUACCUCACUCUUUUUUUAUGUACCUGUAUAUAAAGUACAUCUGACCUUUUUCAUGAAAAAGACAAUAUUACUGCUCUCUGUAUCUGGGUAAAACCUCAUAAACGCUACAAAUCACAAUCUCGGAGUGGAGAAAUUGCCGAAUUACGGACUUUUUGUAUGACUAGCUGCUUUCUUUCCUAUCGGAUCUCGCUUAAAUUUGUUUAUUAUUUAUUAAAACAAGAACAGGUCUGACAAUUGACUCCAAAUGUGCUGGAAUGUUGUCGAUGUUUAACUUAUCCAUCUUUUAACUUGAGGGCAAAAGUCAAUAGAUGGAAUAAUUCGAAUGGAUUUAUUUUUUUGAGGAUAUAAUGGUUCUGAUCCCCUCUCCCUUUCAUGUCUCUGAAUCCCACUGACUGUUAUUAUUUUUAAGUUUUCAUUAUACAGUCAUUGGAAUACUGUGCUUGUAUCAAAAACCAAAUGUUCGUUGAAACUAAAAGUGGAUUUGUGUACAGUAUGUCCCCUCUGUAAGUGCAUCAAAUGUAUAUAAGUUUUGUGCUGGCUUUGGAAAACAUAUUUUUUUCUCAGCACAAACAAAAGAUCAACACAAAGCGUAAUUAAAAAAAGAAAAAAUUGAGCAGAGCGAUAUAAUUGUAAAUGGUUGGAGAUGUUUGUUAACUGAAAUGACUGGUUUAUGAGCCAAUAGCUUCCCCCCCGUGUCGUAUUUCAUAGCAGUUCAACAAAAAAUUACUCGUGGGCUGAUUAAAUAUGCAUUUUAUAAGAUAUUCUUGUAAAUUUUCACUAAAGCAUUUUUAUAAUAUUGGCGAAAUUCGUCAGAUUUUUUUUGUCCAAUUUGGAAAAAAAUUAAUUACAAAUCCAACAACAUCAAAUAGCAAUACCAACUUCACGCCCUCCUCCACUGCCUUCAUAUCUAUGGUCAUUUUUUUCAUCAUUCAGAUUUUUUAAAUUGAACCAUUGUCCAAGAUCACCAUCCUUAUGCUCUCCUCUGACCAUCUCAGACCAAUGAUUGAUUUGUCAGUACAGAUCUGUUGACUAUGGGCUAGAUCUUCUCAGGGCUGAAGGUUCAAGCGGGCGUCAACGGGACAGGAAGUGACCUGUUCCUCGACGCUCGCUCCACCCUGCUGCUGAAAACUGCUGCUCUCCAUCAUCUCACUAAAGUCCAGACAUUUGAGAGGAGAGCAUCGGAGGUGUUCCUGGUCUGAUGGCGCCAUCUACAACCUGGAGAAGGGGUGUGUUGUGUACUUCACUGCUUAAUGCUGGUGGAGCAAAACCGUUUGGUUGUUCGGUGAACUGUUGAGAUGUGUUAGAUGUGUGUGUGUGUGUUGGUUAUAUAAAGGGGUUACAGAUCCAGAACGGGGGAGGGGAGAAUGGAAAAAGUUUUGUGGUCCAAGUCUGUUCAAACCUGGCUGUUCUGAUUAAAAAAAAAGGCACUUAUUAACUUUAUUUGUGUUGAUUUCUUUUGUAUACAUUUGAAGACAAAUUAAAUGUGUCCCAGGAGUGUAUGGAGAAGAUUAACAUAUUGUAUUUAUGGUGGCACAUUGCUCAAAAAUACUUAUAAUAAAUCCAGUUGAAUAGC